AUGAAGAUACCCUUCUUGAAGGCCAUGGAACAAAUGCCUGAAUAUGCUAAGUACCUGAAAACUCUCUUAGGGAACAAGAAGAAGCGUGGGGACGAAAAAGUAAAAGCUAAAGGACCCUUUGUGAUCCCGGUUACCCUUGGAAAACUCAAUUCUAAAGGAGCACUUGCUGACCUUGGGGCCUCCAUUAGCCUCAUGCCGAUGUCCAUUGCCAAGAAACUAACUUUUGAGCUCAAGCCAAUUAAGAAUACCAUCCAACUGGCCGACCGAAGCAUAAAACUGCUUUGUGGGGAGUUCGAGGACCUCCCAAUCUAA